CAUAAGACUCAUUUUGGACUUCUGACCUCCAGAACUAUAAGAGAAUACGUUUGUAUUGUUUUAAACCACUGCACGUGUGGAAAUGUGUUACAGCAGCAACAGGAAACUAACACAGAAGGUAUCUGGGAAAUGAACCCUGCGCCAUGAUCCCUUUUGUCAUUAUCUCUAGUUGCUUUUAUGAGCAAAGCUUGUCUUACCUAGCAACAGUUGCUAAGUAAGUUAACAAUUUAAUGCUAGAGUAUAGGAGGGAGCAACUGCUUAAAUCUUCCCAAAUCCAGUGCCCAUGCCUUACGUGGCAGAAACUUCAGUACCAUUCUUUAACAUUAGGCACCUUACCACUACCUAGUCAUGGCGAAUCAUUUAAUUCUUACCAGCCUCUAGCAUCGUCCUGAAACCUUGAACCUCUUCUAGCUUUCUUAAAACUUCUAGCUUUUCUUGAAACUACUUUUUCUGAUCCUAAGAGUAUUGUAGCAGUACAUAGUAAAAGACAUCUUAAGUUUAAUUAUGAUCAGAAAUCCAAAUUACACAAGCUUUGUUUGCUGUGCUGUUUGUAAUAAAAUAAUCCCUCCAGCCCCUUUUGGGGAAGCCUUCAAACGGAUCCAUGAAUACAAGCCAUUUAAGACACGCUUUUACACUCACAAAGAUAUACUGGGUAUCGGGGCAGAUAUUCUGAAUAAAGAAGAGAAAUUUCAAGAGGCUAUACUCAAAGAACUUAUUGCAAAAGCAGAAGCUAAUGUAUGGGCUCAGGCUGAUGAACGCCAAAAGCAAGCAGUGGAGAAAGCCCUUGAAGAAGCGAAUGACAAACACAAAAUUAAAAUUCAGAUUCUGGAAGAGGAACAUCAAAAAGAUUUACAGGAAAUGGCAGCUAAAACCAAGAUGGAGAUGCAUCAACACAUGGAAGAUGAACUGAAGAGAGAACACUUGGCUGCGGAACAACGCAUGGUCCACAGAAUCCAAAGGCUUAUGAUGGAGUGCCACAGGGAGAAGAUCCAGGCUGUGGAGAAGGCCAGGGCUGAAGAGAGGCGGAUGGCCCAGGAAGUAAUCCAGGACCAGAGAAGAAAGACCAUGGAGGAACUUGUGGACACUAGUAUGACUGGUAUUAAGGAUCAGAAGAAGAGUGUGAGCCACUUGAUAAAGGAAAAAGAACAAGAAAUGAAGAUCUACUAUUGCAUGGUUCAGAGGCAGAAGCAGGAGGAGGUUCAGGAAGUGCUUCAAGAAGCAGAGAAAACACAUCAGGCCUCGCUUGGAAAUGUGAUGGAUGAACUGGUUAACACUCAGGGGGAGCUGCUGUCCUUAGCGAAACAACUGGGAAUUAUGACAAAUUGGAAAGAUUUCCUGGAGGAAGAAUUACAGGAAACAAGGGUGGCAUUUCAAAAAUACAUCAAUUAUACAUUUCCUAAGCUUUCACCAGGACACGCAGAUUUUAUUCUGCCAGAAAGAAAGAAAACACCUUCCAAUCUUAUUAUUCAGGAAAACAAAACAACUCUUGAUUAGAAGAAGUCUUCAACUGAAAUUUCACUACAAAAGACAUUGUUCCAAAGACUAAAUAAAUGCACUCAAAAACCAUUUAUUGAUCCCUGGUUGUGUGCAGGGUACUAUUGGGCUGUGAGUAUUUUGAUGGAAAACCAAAAUAUCCAAAGCAUAUUCCAGGCUACAGUGAGUUCCAAGUCUAAUUGAGGAGAGAUAACAGUGAGAGGGAUCAAAACUGAUUAGGAGGGAAGAAGCUUUCUUGGAAGAAGCCUAAAUGAACUCUUGUAUCUUUUUUU